GACGGUGCGGAGGGCUUGUCAACGGUACGAAAGUCGCGCGUUCGGUGUGUUCUUUCGCUGACGGUGCACUCAACAGCGCCGAGGAGGUAUUUUCGGUAAACGCGCGCGCGUUCAGUUUCGUCGUUGGACGUCGACCGGUGCGCACCACCAGAUAAGGACAAUCCGAGAAGAUGGCGCGCUAUCACGGUGCGCUCCUGCUGCUCGCCAUCGCCUGCGCUUUCUACACCACCGUCGAGGCGCAAGAGGAGGCGGCUAAGAAGGAAGACAGUUUCGAAGCGGAACUGUGUAAGGACAAGGAUGCGGGUGAAUGGUUCCGUCUCGUCGCCGGCGAGGGUGACAACUGUCGUGACGUCAUUCAGUGCACAUCAUCGGGCUUGCAAGCUAUCAGAUGUCCUGCGGGUCUGUACUUUGACAUCGACAAACAGACUUGCGAUUGGAAAGACUCCGUCAAGAACUGCAAACUGAAGAAUAAGGAGCGUAAAGUGAAGCCGUUGCUGUUCACCGAUGAACCCCUGUGUCAGGAUGGUUUCUUAGCCUGCGGUGACGGUAACUGUAUCGAGCGUGGUCUGUUCUGCAACGGCGAGAAGGACUGCACGGAUGGCUCCGAUGAGAACACCUGCGACAUCGACAAUGAUCCCAAUAGGGCACCACCUUGUGAUCCAGCUGUGUGUGUUCUUCCCGACUGCUUCUGUUCGGAAGAUGGCACCACAGUCCCCGGUGACCUUCCUGCCAAGGACGCCCCGCAGAUGAUCACCAUUACCUUCGAUGACGCCAUUAACAACAACAACAUCAACUUGUACAAGGAUAUGUUUAAUGGAAAACGCAAGAAUCCUAAUGGUUGUGAUAUCAAGGCGACUUUCUUCGUCUCCCAUAAAUACACCAACUAUUCUGCUAUGCAGGAGAUGCACAGGAAAGGUCACGAGAUUGCCGUGCAUUCCAUUACUCACAAUGAUGAUGAACGCUUCUGGAGUAACGCUACCGUUGAUGAUUGGGCCAAGGAAAUGGCUGGUAUGAGAAUCAUCGCCGAAAAGUACGCGAACCUUACUGAUAACAGCGUGGUGGGUGUGCGUGCUCCUUACCUCCGUGUUGGUGGUAACAACCAAUUCACCAUGAUGGAAGAACAAGCCUUGUAUGAUUCAACUAUCACUGCCCCAUUGAGUAAUCCUCCUCUAUGGCCCUACACUAUGUACUUCCGCAUGCCCCAUAGAUGUCAUGGUAACCUCCAAUCCUGCCCAACCCGUUCCCACGCAGUUUGGGAGAUGGUCCUCAAUGAACUGGAUCGUCGUGAAGAACCUACCUCUGAUGAGGUUGUUCCUGGUUGUGCUAUGGUUGACUCCUGCUCCAAUAUCCUCACCGGUGAUCAGUUCUACAACUUCCUGAACCACAACUUUGAUCGUCAUUAUGAGACCAACCGUGCCCCACUUGGUCUGUACUUCCACGCCGCUUGGUUGAAGAACAACGCUGAGUUCCUCGAUGCUUUCCUCUACUGGGUGGACGAGAUCCUUGCCAAUCACAAUGAUGUUUACUUCGUCACCAUGACCCAGGUCAUUCAAUGGAUUCAGAAUCCACGCACGGUGACAGAGAGUAAAAAUUUCGAACCGUGGAGGGAGAAGUGUAACGUUGAAGGUAUACCAUCCUGUUGGGUACCACACACGUGCAAGCUCACCUCCAAGGAGGUGCCCGGCGAGACCAUCAAUCUGCAGACGUGCGUCCGCUGCCCCAACAACUACCCAUGGCUGAACGACCCCACCGGCGACGGUUUCUUCUAAGUCAAAUCAACCAACACCAUCGAAAGAUACUCGUAUAACUAACUAGAUAAGCAUCAAAAUCCGAAUCAGAAACAUCGACAGCCGGGUGACGUCAGGCGGCGCGGCCAUCUUGUGUGACGUGUCGACGCGUGCGUAUAGGACUUGUUAGUGUUUACAAAUAUGUUUUCAAUGAAUUGAAAAGAAAGAGAAAAAGGAACGCAGACGAGUACGCCACUUCCGCCCUACUAAAAAACAUAUUUAUUUAACUCAAUCGACUGCAAAUGCGCGUGAUUUUAUAAUUUUUGUUGUUAAUAGUGUUUUUUUUUUAUUAAUUUUUACCUGCAUGAAUGCGACCAUCAGCAUCGAAAUCUGUAUAAAAUAAAUUGAGAAAGAAAAACGUAUUCUAAGCGCCCGGAGCGUGCCAAAGCACGCAUGCUUCGAGCGUACAUACAUGUAAUAAAAUAAAAUUAUGUUUAAAAGAUAAUUAUGAUAAUAAAAGACAAAGUAAA